UGCAUAUCGCAGAUAUGGUAUAUCUUUCAUCUCACGUCCUCCUCAAACAAAAUUCUCACGUCCAUAUAUAAAUAUAUGAAUGUAUCCAAGCUGCAAUCCAACCACGACUCGGCUCGCAUUCAAGCAACAAGAGGAAGUGCAAAAGCAAAGCAAGAGAUGGAGGCUGCUGGGUAUCGCUCUCGCGUUGUGGCUGAAGUCGACCCCCGCAGCGAAUGGGUUCAUGGGACGAAUUCGACACGCUCAUCGUCGACGUCUCAGGAUUCACCAGGGACCAGCUCAAGGUCCAGGUGGAGCCGUCGGGGAGCCUCAAGAUCGGCGGCGAGCACGCCCUCAACGGAGGCCGGCAGUGGUGCCACUUCCUGAAGCAGUUCGACCUCGCCGGCGUCUUCGACGCCGCGGCGAUCAAGGUCCAGCUCGACAAGGGAGUCCUCUACGUCCACGUGCCACGUUCCACCCACGACAGCCAAGAGGACGCGCCGCGAGAAGAGGAGGACGCCGGCCUGUUCUGGAGCGGCUGCCACACGGCGGCGUGGCGGGCCGAUGAGCACCCGGCGUGGCGUCUGGCCAAGAGCCUGGGCGAGCACCGAUACGUCGUGCUCGCCGUCGUGCUCCUCUGGCUCGUCGCGUUCGCCGACAGCAAGCACAGCGGUGGGCAGAUCAAGAAGGAAUGAGGCAAGCGACACUCGUACAGCACAACAGAUCGAUGUGAUCGUUUAGUACGUCGGAGGAUCGGCUUCCAUAUACUCCGCUGAUAAUAGGGAAUAAGAACCCUGUAAAUAGGUAGGAUUUGGAACGCGGGAUUGUUCAAAUCCAGGUCUCAAGAUAUCAAGCACUAUCGGAUAUAAAGACAUACUACUACUACUACUACUAUAUAUGGAUGGUCCCACUUUACUGGCUCUGUAUCAAGUUCCUGCAUUGCUGAUCUGA